ACUGUAUCUCUAGGGUUUCGUUGGUAAACACGUGAAUUGGCAAUGUUUAUGUAGCAUAUCUUGCAUGUGUUUAAAAGUAAUUAAAUUAAUUUCUUAUUGUUUGGUCAUUUUUCAAUCUUCUAAGUACAUUUUUAACGAUUGCCAUGGUUGUCUUCGUUUGUGGGGACUGUAAUGAUGUGUUGAAAAAGAAUGCCGUAGAUACUCAUCUUAAUCGAUGUAGCUGUUCUGUAAUUUCUUGCUGUGACUGCGGUAAGAAUUUUUCUGAUGAUGGUUAUAAAGCUCAUACUCAAUGUAUAUCAGAAGAUCGCAAAUAUGGUCCUCAGGACGAAAAAAAUGUGAAUAUUCCGGAUAAAGGACAAAAAAGACAACAAGAUUGGCUUAAUAAAAUAAAGGAAGCUGUAUCUAAAGUAAAUUUGUCAGGACCAACCGAGAUGGCUUUAAAUAAACUUCUUGAAUAUCCAAACAUUCCCCGCAAAAAAUCUAAAUUUAUAAACUUUGCUUCUAGUUGUGUUGGUAUUCGUAAACCCGAAGUAGUAGAACAAAUAUGGAAUAUUUUUGAAGAAGCUAACAAAGCGACUGAUGAAUCUAAACCCGAUAAAUCUAAACCUGAUAAAUCUAAACCUGAUGAAUCUAAACCUGACGAAUCUAAACCUGAAGAUUCUAAUGACGAACUAAAAGAAACGAAGAAAGUGAAGAAAGACAAAUCCAAAAGAAAGGCUGAAAAAAAUACAAACGGUGAUGACAGUUCUGUUAAAUCUCGCAAGAAGAAAAAACACAAACGCGAAAAUGAAGCAACAGAACAAUCCUCUGAAAAUCAACAUGUGGAGUUCUGACAAACUAAAAUAAUUUAACAAUCUAUCCUUUAAUCUUGGCUGGAAUACUGCAAUUCACAAAUAUUAUUGUGUUUCUAUUGUCGCAUAUUCUCAAUGAACCUAACAAUCAUUGUUCGUAUCCUUUGCUAAGAAUCCUCGCCUUGAAUAUUAAAUGGGUUCAAUAGUUAAA